CCGUCUGCUGGACGGACUCAGAGGGAAAAGUUAGGCAAGAUGGCAAAACCCGCAGAGCCGGAGUGAAAGGGCGCCGCUGCCCCGCUUAUUACUGAGAACAAGCCGAGCCUGCGUUUCCUCCUGCGGGGGAAUCCGACGAUGCAAACCGCGCCACAAGGCCUGACAGGGGAUUCCCUGAAGGGAAUUGCCACAGACUGAUGCUGCUGCGACAAAGCUAGAGCUGGAAAAGAGCUGACUCGUCUCCGAUCAAUCCCAUCUGAGAUCCACCGAGCCGCCAGAAGCAUAUCCGAUCACCUCAUGCCUGCUUAGAGCCGGAUCCGCCUCUCCUCUCCUCCUGUCUCUCACUCUCUCAGCAAAGGAGAUUAUCGGGAAUCGAAGGUGGUGUGGAAGCCCCUCCUGCAGGGAUUUAUCUGCCACCUGGGACGUCCCACCGCAUUCGGCGGCGCCUCGUCCGUCCCGCCCGGCAGACCAUGAUGUUUCGGGAUCAGGUGGGCGUGCUGGGCAGCUGGUUUAAGGGAUGGAACGAGUGCGAGCAGACAGUGGCUCUGGUGUCACUGCUGAAGAGGGUGAGCCGGACCCAGGCCCGAUUCCUGCAGGUGUGUCUGGAGCACUCCCUGGCUGAAUGCACGGAGCUGCAGGUCCUGGAGGGAGAGGCCAAUAAUCCAGGUCUGAUCAGUCAGUGGCAAGGUGAGCCUAAGGAGCGGAUCAUCUCUCUGGUCCUCACCCACCUCCCUCUGCUCAAACCGGGCAACACAGAGGCAAAGAGCGAGUACAUGCGCCUGCUGCCGCGCAUCCUGGCGCACACCAUCGAGCACGGCCACCACCUGGAGGAGUCCCGCCAGCUGCUGUCCUACGCCCUCAUCCACCCAGCCACCUCCAUGGAGGACCGCUCCGCCCUGGCCCUCUGGCUGAACCACCUGGAGGAGAGGGCCGCCGCACGGGGCGACUCCCUGGAGAGGCCGCCUCCCGCCGCCGGCCCCCACCAUCACCACCACCAGUCCACGCCUCCGUCCACCCUUGCCUCGUCGGGAUCCUCGUCUUCCACGAACUCUUCGUCGUCGGGGAACCUGUACAACCUGCACCACCACCACCACCACCACCAGCGCUACGGCUCCGACGACCGCCUCAACGGCUGGCAGAACUCCCGGGACUCGGGGAUCGGAGGAGGCUGGCACCAGCAGCAGGGCUGUGAGAACGGACAUCUCCUACUUUACCCAUCAUCCUCGGUGCCGACAACUAUCAACACUGUUGGAACCGGUGGAGGAAGCAACACAAUUCUUUCAAGCGGAGGUGGAAGUCAGCAGCACAGUCCCCUAAAGCGCUCCGUGUCCCUUACGCCCCCCAUCAGCGGCCCCAACAACCAGCCUCUGGGCCACGUCUGGCUGUCCCAAGAGGACCUUCGGACGUCCAGAGGCCCCGCCCCAGACCAUGCGCCUCUCCCCCAGAGCAGCAUUGCAUCUUCGGGCAGUGGGGGCAGCGAACACCUGGAUGACGGCGGCUUAGGAGGCAGUUCAAGUCUACAUCGCAAUUCCUUCCAUGAGGACGGCAGUGGGAUGAGGGAUGUUCCUGGAUGGCUGAAGAGUCUCCGUCUCCAUAAGUACGCUGUACUCUUCUCCACAAUGACCUACGAUGAGAUGAUGUCACUGACGGAAGAACAACUAGAAGCACAGAAAGUCACUAAAGGAGCUCGACACAAGAUUGUAAUCAGCAUUCAGAAACUCAAAGAAAGGCAGAACCUUCUGCGCAGCCUGGAAAAGGACGUCUUGGAGGGCGGGAAUCUUCGCACGCCGCUGCAGGAACUCCACCUGAUGAUCACAACUCCCAUCAAGGCCUUCAGCGGAGGGGAGGAGUCGUCUCUGCAGCGCCCCCUGUUGAGUCCGCAGAGCAAGAGCUCUGACUCCAGCCUGCCUGGAGGCGGUGGAGGAGAGGCCGAGUCCGGCAGCAGCGUCAUCGCAGAGGGGGAUCUGCCGGGCCAGUUCACCCGAGUCAUGGGGAAAGUUUGCACCCAGCUGCUGGUGUCGCGGUCGGAUGAGGACAACAUCAGCUCCUACCUGCAGCUCAUCGAUAAAUGUCUCAUCCAUGAGUCCUUCACAGAGACGCAAAAGAAGAGGUUGUUGUCAUGGAAGCAGCAGGUCCAGAGGCUUUUCCGGUCGAUCCCGAGGAAAAACCUCCUUGACAUUGCGGGUUACCGGCCUCAGAGGAGCCGUUUUGGACAGUCGAACUCUCUCCCCUCCACCAGCUGCGUCGGGAGCAGCGUGUCCGCCAGGCGCAGCCUCCACCAGUUCCAUAUGCCUUCCAGAAGCUUACCGGGAGCCAGACUGGGUUUACUGGGCAGCGGGGGGCUGCUGGGGCCCACACCCCGCAGCUCCAGCAGCACCCCAACCGGUCCCAAACAGGGCAGGCAUGGCCCCUGGUUUGCCAACCCGGGAGGAAGUAACAGCAUGCCGAGUCGGACCCACAGCUCCGUGCAGAGGACACGGUCGCUGCCGGUCCACACCACGCCGCAAACCAUGGUUACGUUCCAGCAGGCCGAUCAUCAGUUUCCAGUGACAGAGCCGGACAUAAACAAUCGCCUCGAGUCGUUGUGUUUGAGCAUGACAGAACACGCUUUGGGAGACGGUGCAGAUCGCACAUCGACGAUAUGAGGUCAUCGGGGCGCCGCAGGUUCUCCUCAAAGCCAGCCGGAGGUCGCCGUUCCUCCCGCCCCCCUCCCCGCAGCGCUCCACCGCCGGACCGGACCGGACUGGGCCGGACCUCGGAAACAAUUGCAGGUCGGUCGCCAAAUGGCCAACGCAGCCCAUCAUCCAUCGGGUCGGACAGAAACAGACUUCCUCCUCCGUCUGAGAAGGAAAAGCAUCAAAGCCAGCGAUGGACGGCGCCUGACUGGUGCCCCCCAGUGGAGGCGAGCGGAAGAGCGACGCCGGCCUGUGGAUCGGGCCGACUGGAUGAAACAUGGCGUCUUCCGCGUCAGUAAUAUUACCUCAGACGAGACGAGCGGAGCCGGCGCAUUCGGGUCGGGAUUCUCGGACCGAUCGAACGUCCGGCGCUUCGUAGACGUCAGCGCCGCGACUCUGCGAGUUUUCAGCCGACAUCUUGUUUCUGCGUUGUGCGUCCGUAUUGUUUACACGACGAUGCUGCUGUCGGAACGCGCGCUCGUUUUCAGGAGGUGCGCGGAGCUUUACGUCCCGCAUGCAGCCAUCGAACCAGUUUACAGCAAACGUCUCCUUUAUCUUUAAGAAGCGACGGCGAGCUGCCAGGUUUUAACGGAGAGAACGUCGGGAGGAAGUGAAGAAUGUGAAGAGCAGCGGCGUCAAACUCACAAAUCGAUUAAUGAAACUUCCUGCACUGCAAAAACACUAAACGUUACUAAGGAUUUCUGUCUAGUUUCUACUGCAAAUAUAAAUAAACAUGAAAUGAAACUAACUUACAAGCAACAUGUCAGCAAAUCUAGUUUAAGUAAAUAAAUACAAAAUAUUGAUGAAAAAGUUCCAGUUAAACUGGCAGAUUAUUUCACUUCUAACAUGGGAGAAAUAUUUUGCAAGAAGUGAAAUAAUCUGCCUGUGGAACUAGAACUUUUCAUCAAUAUUAAGGAAUUAUUGGCUUAAUAAAGCCUCUGUGUUUUGCUACAUUUGUUAGUUUUUUCUGCAAUAUUUGCUCUAGAAACUGGACAAAAAUCCUUUGGGAUGUUUUGAUGAAUCAUUAAAAGUUUGCAGUUUUUUUCCCCAUUUGAUUUCUACUACAUAAAACGAAAUAUUUAAUAACUUUGAAUUCGGCUCUAUCCAAAUAAAAGUAAUUUGAUUAAACUGAUAAAGUUAUAUUUAAACUCACUUUUGUUGAAGUUUAUUUAUGUGGCCCUCUAGAGUGUCCAACCUGCAGCUCCUAAUAGCGCUGACUAAAAAUAAGAUUUAAGAUUAGAUCAAAUAACAGAUGCAGGUUUUUACAGUAGUUAAUUAGUGGUAAUGUAGAUACAAAAAAAAGAAUAAAUUUCUAUCAAAAAACGUUUUCCAAGUUUUUCUACAAAAUAUGUCAAAUUAAUUGUCGAUUUUUAAAGCUUGAGUAUUUCCAUAAUUUUCUUUAGGUUGUAAAAGUUGCAAACAUCUCGUCUAGGGGGCCCAAUAAAUAGCUACAGCGUGCCGGAUUUGGCCCGUGCGCCUUGAGUUUGACACACACAUGUUGUAGAGGAAGGAAUUAAGCUGAAGUGAUGCUGAAGAGGGGGAAGCGGAUGUUUGAAGAGGCCAGACGGAGGAUGAUGAUGUCAUGUGAGCGAAGGCAGCGGGAAGUGGAUUUGUUCGUCUGAAUCUCCAGGUUUGCAGGAAAAUGCAGGAAAUGUCGUGAACGGGAGACAAUCGGAGCGUGUCGGGAUGUCGGGGCGAUCGUUAAGCCGCAUGUCGCAAAAAAGUAUUCGUUAAAAAAGUGUGAAAAACAAACUGGUCAAUCCAUGAAGGGUAGUUCUCCCAGAGAUUGUCUGAUUAGUGCUUACCUCCACCUGCUGGCCAGACGCAGUCAUUGCAUCUGUGUCUUUGCUUCAUCAGCAGAGGCUGUCGUAGAAUAUAUUUUCUUCAUUAUUUUGCGUCUUAAUAUUUAUCCCUAUUUGCUUCUAUCUGGAAUAAACUUCCAUCAAGGAAAUGUGCAAAUAACCUGGUGAAUCCAGAUCAGUUUCUUUAAUAAUUACACUGCAAAAACUAAAUUUUACCAAGUAUGUUAGUCUGGUUUCUAGUGCAGGUAUCAUAGAAGACCUGAAAUGAGAGAAAAACUGACUGACAAUUAACUUUUCAGCAAGAAACAGCUUGUUUUAGGUAGAUAAUUUAUUAAGUUAUAACAAAACAUUUUUCUAGUUCUAAUCAUAAAUUAUAUCUAGUAAUUAGUUUUAGCAGGUAAAAGCUAUUCUAGUUUUGCUAUUAGCAUCAGUUUUAACCAUUUGCUGACGUGAUGAUUUAUUUCUAGCAGUUCUAGAAUAAUUGACUUUUCCACUGUCAGAUUGUUUAAGAUGAUUAACUUUAACAAAUUAUUUACGUAAAACCUGUUUCUUGCUGAAACGUUACUGUAAGUUAGUUUUGUGUUAUUUCAAGAAUACUAAGGUAUUUUCAUUAGAAACUGGACUCAGAAUGCUGGUAAUGUUCUGUGUUUUUGCAGUUUAGGGUUUAUUGUUGUAUUUUCUUUGCAUCCUGCACUUGAUAAUGUGACUCACUGAAGUUCAAACGUUAAC